GUUUCUCCUGAAAAUCACCUCUACAUAACUAGAAAAGGAGCAGAAUUUCCAAGUUAGUUUAACAGGGCUUCACAGUAAGAGACCAGAUCAGCAAUGGGGCCCCCUGGAAUCCUGCGCUGCUUCCUCUUAUUGGCCUGUGGAUAUGGUCUCGUCUUAGCUGGAUUACCAGGAACAGAGUUUGUAACAGUUUUCUUGCAGAACCACCCUCUGAAUCCAGACACGCCAAAUCUACAACUCACUAUCACCGCCCUUGCUCCUUCAACCGUCAUCACUAUCUCCAUCAACAAGUAUAGUUUUCGCAAGAAGAUCACUCUGGAAGAGUAUGAGGUGACGACCAUCAAAAUUCCAUCAUUUCUCCAAAUGCCGCCCUCCAAACUCUUCUAUUUUUCUGUCAUUGUGAUGUCCAAUAACCCGAUUUACGUUGUUUCAUCUAACAGCAAGGACAUAAGUUCGGAAAGUUCUUCAUUGUAUCCACUGGAGGAACUAGGAACAGAGUAUUAUAUAUUUACUCCAGAGGAAGGUCCAGAAGGAUCCUUUAAGGAAUUUGCAGUGGUUGCAUCGAAAGAGCCAACGUCAGUAACUAUUACUCCUACUAGAACGAUUUCCUUCCUUGAUCGCGAAUAUCCUAAAGGAACUAAGCUCAUUAUUAAUCUUGAGCCUUUUGAAGCUGUGGAGUUUUUGAGCAAAGAAGAUUUGUCUGGCACAAGAAUCCAAUCAAAUAAGCCAGUGGCUGUUCUGAGUGGGCACACAUGUUCCUGGAAGCACACUAAAUGUACCCACGUGUAUGAACAGCUUCAGCCAGUCUCCUCCUGGGCAACAGAUUACCUAGUAGCACCAUUAUCAUUCCAGACCAAAUAUGAUCUGGUUUAUGUAACAGCCUCAAAAAACACAGUAGUAAACUAUCAAGCUGGACAGCUUAAAGCUACCAAAGAACUAAACUCUGGAGAUGUACUUGAGAUCAAACUAUAUGCCUCAGCACCUCUCUAUAUAACUUCAACUGAAGGUAUUCAGGUCCUUCUGUACUGUGCUGGCGGCAAAAACGGCACAUUGUCCUAUGACACCUUUCUUAUGAAUGUCCCAGACAUUACAUCUUUUUGCACUACCUAUCAAGUUGUAGGCCAGGAGGACUUCUUCAAUGAUGCUGUUGUCUUAGCUAAAACAUCAUCAUUGCAGAGAAUAACAGUAGAUAAAGCAUCUCUUGGAGAAAUAAAUUGGAAGAAUAUCCCAGAUACAGAGUAUUCUUGGGGAGAAUUCAGUUUGGGAUCAAAGUCAAAAGCUUUGUUAAUUGAAGACCCAGAUAACCCAUUUGGACUCAUUACUGUUGGAAUGAAUUUAUUGAAUAACUAUGGGGAGCCUGGUAUCUGUGUUAAAGGUUCAAUGCGUCCAUCAUGCAGUCAUAUUAAAUGCAGGAAGAAGGAAGUGUGUAAAAUAAUUAAGGGUCAAGCAGUGUGUGUUUCAAACUCUGAAUCCGUGUGUUGGUCAUGGGGAGACCCUCAUUACCACACCUUUGAUGGAAAGAACUAUGAUUUCCAGGGAACCUGCAGGUACACAAUGGCCAAGAUGUGUAGUUCGGACAUCACUUUGCCCGACUUCAAUAUUGAGACCAAGAAUGAAAACCGUGGUUCUUCUCUUGUGUCCUACCUAAGUUCUGUUAGCAUACAGGUCUAUGGAUACAAUAUCUCUGGUUUCAGGUCUGAAUACGGUGUUAUCAGGGUAAACAACCAAAGGUCUCAGCUUCCAGUUACGUUACAUGAUGAGAAGCUUAAGAUCUACCAAGUUGGUACUUCCUUUAUGCUGCAAACAGAAUUUGCGCUCAAAGUUCUCUAUGACUGGAACAUUCUCUUGAAGAUCACUCUUCCUAGCAGCUUCUCAGAAAGUGUUUGUGGUUUGUGUGGCAAUUACAAUGGGAACCCAAAUGAUGACCUCUAUUCUAUUGCAUCAAUUCCUUUAACUCCUAUAGAAUUUGGACGGAGUUGGAAGGUGGAGGACAACGGUGAGUGUUGGGAUGACUGUAAUGGACCAUGCAAAAAGUGCUCCAUUACUGUAAUGCAACAAUAUAGUCAGCCUUCAUCUUGUGGCAUCAUCAGCUUAAAAACAAAAGGACCCUUCAGGAUGUGCCAUGCAGUCAUUGAUCCACAAAUCUACAGGGACAACUGUAUUUAUGACUUAUGCAUGAAUGACGGGUACAAGCAGAUAAUGUGCCAGGCGCUUAAGACUUACAGUGAUGCCUGCCGCAGUCAGAGAGCAGAAGUCUAUGAGUGGAGAGACAUCACAGGAUGCAGUUUUGAAUGUCCCACUAACAGCACUUACAAUUUUUGUGGGAGCGCUUGUCCUGCCACAUGUCAGGACCCUACCGCCCCUUCAAAAUGCAAAGAACCUUGUGUAGAAACUUGUGAAUGUGAUGCAGGAUUUGUAAUGAUUGAAGGACGCUGCCAACCCAAAGAAAACUGUGGCUGCUUUUAUGAAGGACGAUUCCUUGCCCCCAAUGAGUCAUUUUGGGGUGACUCUUUUUGCAAAGAGAAAUGUUUUUGCAAUGCAAAUACCCACAAAGUAGAAUGCAAGAAGAUGGGCUGUAGACCAGGGGAGGAGUGUGCAGUUAAAGACGGUCUUCAGGAUUGUUAUGCAACCACAUAUGGAACCUGUACAGCAUCUGGGGAUCCUCAUUAUAUCACCUAUGAUGGAUACCACUACAAUUUUCAGGGGACUUGUCAGUACAAGCUAUCAGGGCUCUGUAAACAGAGUCGUGGGCUAACUGAUUUCCAAGUCCAUGUACUCAACCAGAAUAGAGGAAGUCUUAGUGUAUCUUAUGCCACGGCUGUUAAUGUAACGAUAUAUUCUAUAGAAAUCCAGGUCCGCAGAGAAUACCCAGACCAAGUCCUGAUUGAUGGGUUACUAUCCAACCUUCCACUGACCCUCAGCAAUGGGCAUUUGUCCAUUUUCCGUUCUGGCCGCCACUGUAUAAUUCAGUCCAGGGAUGGAAUUCGAGUAACUUUUGACUGGGAUGCACGUGUUGCUGUCACUGUGCCCUCUUCCUAUUACGGAUUAGUUUGUGGCCUCUGCGGCAACUUCAACAAUAACCCAUUAGAUGAUUUCACUGGCCAGGACGGUAGUCUUAUUAAUGACAUUAUUGAGUUUGGACAGAGCUGGAAAGUAGGUGUUGUGCCAGGGUGCCGAGAAGUCCCAGAAAAACUGUGCCCUGACUUGGCAUCUCUGGAGAAAGAACAAAAGAAAAGCAAAGAAGAGUGUGGCAUAUUAUUGGACAAGAAGGGUCCUUUCAGAGAUUGCCAUGCUGUCAUCUCACCUGAAGAUUACUUUGAAGACUGUAUUUAUGAUCUCUGUGCUUAUGGCAAACGUGGGGACAUUCCCUGUCGCCUUAUAUCAGCAUAUACUUCUACUUGCCAGGAAGCUGGCGCUACUGUAUAUGAAUGGAGAUCUGACACAUUCUGCAAUCUCACCUGUCUAAUCAAUAGCCACUAUGACUUAUGUUCAAGUGGUUGUCCUUCCACUUGUCUGUCACUGACCACUUCCACAAGCUGUGAUGCUCUUUGUAAGGAAGGCUGUGCCUGUGAUACUGGUUUUGUUCUCAGUGCUGGCCAAUGUGUUCCCAUGUAUGAAUGUGGCUGCUCCUUCAAUGGGCAAUACUACAAAGCUGGAGCAGUCUUCUACCCUACAGACACCUGUGACCAGAGAUGUUCUUGCAACAUUGGAGGUUCUGUCGCAUGUUCCGCUUUCUCUUGUGGGCCCUAUGAAGAAUGUCGUGUGGAAAAAGGCGUACAAAGCUGUCACCCAGUUGGCUCUGCUCUAUGCUCAGCAAUGGGAGAAUCAAGCUUUAUGACAUUUGAUGGUUUGACAUAUGACUUUUAUGGGAACUGCUCAUAUACUUUAGCGAAGUCUUGCAUCUCUCCAUCAUACAACCUGAAUCCAUUUGCUGUCAAAAUAAGAAACCAAAAAGCUGGGGCUAUUGUUUCAUCCAUUAAGAAAACAAUUACUGUAGAAGUCUAUAAUUUUACCUUAAAUAUUCUUCAAGACUCAGAAACUAAAAUAUUGGUGGAUGGAGUAAUAUACAAUGCUCCUUUUGACCUUUUGUCAGGUAAAAUUAGCGUGACACUUCAAAGCCUUGGUAUAUCUAUUAGUACCGACUUUGGAUUGAUCAUAAACUCUGACUUGACUGUUCGGGUAACUGUUCCGGGCAACUAUCACAAUCAGAUGUGUGGUCUUUGUGGGAAUUACAAUGACAACCCUGAAGAUGACCUCAACAUUACCGAUGGCAACAUCCCUGCAUUUGCAAACUUAUGGAAGGACCAGGAUUCAGCAGAGCUCUGUAGUAGCAGUGAAAGUUGCAUCGGAGAGGGCUGUCCAACCUGUGCGAAGAAAAAAGCAGAGGCCUUGGCAAAGGAGGCAUUCUGUGGAAUACUUACAUCACCUCAUCGUCCAUUUGCUUCUUGUCACUCUUCAGUUGACCCAUCUGGGUAUCUCAGCAAUUGCGUAACCUCCCUGUGUUCUGGAAGUGGAGACUUGUGUGUCAUCCUUCAAAGCUAUGUCACAGUUUGCCAGGAAGCUGGUAUCACAAUCACAUCAUGGAGGACACCAAGUUUCUGCCCAUUAACUUGCCAAGAACACAGCCAUUUUGAAUCCUGUGCUGAUCUCUGUUCUACAAGUUGCUCUUCUCUCUAUGACACUGCCAUCUGCCCAACGACUUGCUCGGAAGGAUGUCAAUGUGACACUGGUUUUCUGUUUCAAAAUGGAGCCUGCGUUCCCCCUAACCAAUGUGGCUGCUACCAAAACAUGAAAUUCUAUAUGCCUAAUGAAACUGUCAUAUCAGAUGGCUGUAGUCAACAAUGUACAUGCAAAGCCAAUCAGUUGUUGGUCUGUGAGCCCUACGGUUGUGCUGCUAGUGAAUUGUGCACGUACCUUUCGGGAUCUGUUGGAUGCAUAAAUCCUGAUCCAUGUAAGUCGAUCACCUGUAGAAGCCAAGAAUCAUGUAAGAUUCAAGAUGGAAAUCCUGUCUGUGUCCCUAACUAUGUAGGAACUUGCUGGGAACUGGGAGAUAACCAUUACAAAACCUUUGAUGGUUAUGAAUUUGACUUUCAUGGCACCUGCACUUAUGUCCUGGCUAAAUAUGUGGGAAAUGACAAUAAUCUGGUACCUUUUCACAUUGAAGAGAAAAAUGAGAACAGAUGGAGUAAAUCAAAGUCCUUUGUCCAGAUCCUUACUGUUUUUGUGUAUGACUACAAGAUUUCCAUUAGUAAAGGAGAAUUUGGCAAAAUCAGGAUAAAUGAUGAAAUCACCAAUAUUCCUGUAAUUUUAUUGGGCGGCAAAAUCUCAGUAAGCCUCAGUGGUCCUAGUGCUGUGUUGAGCACCGAUUUUGGCCUUCAGGUAGCUUAUGAGAAUGACUCUAAUGUGGUAAUCACCAUCCCUAGCAGCUACUAUGGAGAAACCGGUGGCUUGUGUGGAAAUUUUAAUCAAAAUUCUGGAGAUGAAAUGACCAUAGAAAACGAACCAGUGGGCUCAAUAACAGAGUGGGCAAUGAUUUGGAAAGUAAAAGAUCAAGACGCAUUUUGCUUUGAUAUCUGUCAUGGAAAUUGUCCAAAAUGUGAUGAGACCAAGAGGACUCUUUAUGAAAGCAAACAAUACUGUGGUCUUCUUGACAAAACUGUUGAUGGACCUUUCAAAGAGUGUUAUGGCAUAAUCAGCCCCGAGAGAUUCUUCGAUAACUGCAUGUACGAUGUUUGCAAUAAUAAUGGAGAAAAACAGUAUCUGUGCCAGGCAUUGCAAUCCUAUGCCGCAAUGUGCCAGAAGGAAGGGGUUAAUGCAACCAGCUGGAGAAUAGAAUCUGGAUGCUUACCCCAGUGUCCUGAGAAUAGUCACUAUGAGGCUUGUGGCAGUGCUUGCCCUCCUACCUGCUCUGACAGGACAUCUCCAGAAAGAUGCACCCAACCUUGUAAAGAAACUUGCCAGUGCAAUGAUGGGUACAUUCUAAGUGGUGAUAAAUGCGUUCCUGUUGAAAACUGUGGAUGCAGCUACAAUGGUCGUUAUUAUCAACCCAACCAAGAGUUUUGGUCUGAUGACAAUUGCAAAGUGCGCUGCAAGUGUGAUGCCAAUUUUGGAAUUGUGAUGUGCAAAGAGUCAAGCUGCGGAACUGGUGAAAUAUGUAAAGUGUCUAAUGGUAUUAAAGGGUGCUACCCAGUAAAUUACUCCAUCUGUGUAGCCUCUGGUGACCCACACUACACCACUUUUGAUGGCAGGAAAUUUGACUUCAUGGGUUCUUGUGUUUACCAGUUUGUUGGUGUUUGCUCCAAUGAUACCUCUCUCGAGAAAUUCAUGGUUAAAAUUCAGAAUGAACAUCGUGAAAAUAAAGUCAGGUCUUUCACUAAGGAGAUAACCUUGGAGGUGUACGACCAGAUUAUUACAUUAAGAAGAGAGAAUCCACAGCAGGUCUUGGUUAAUGGAGUUCCCAUGAAGUUUCCCUUUUCCUACGAAUCCAAUAAAAUCAAGGCCUUUGUUAGAGGGGAACACGCCUUUGUCAGAACCAAUUUUGAUGUUACAAUGAAUUUUAACUGGGACAAUUAUGCUCGGGUGAUGCUGCCCAGUAAAUAUACUGGUGCUGUCUGUGGUCUUUGUGGUAACUACAAUCAAGAUCCAGAGGAUGACGUUGCACCAAAAAACAUUAAAGAAGAUGUUGAGUUUGCCAACACAUGGAAGGUUGGAGAAUGUAUUUACGAUUGAGACGUCCCUAUUGCAGUAAAAAGUAAACACUGACAUAAAAGAGCAUAGAAUAUUCUUGUUCAAAAUUAACUGACAAAACAACUAUCUUUAUGAUGCCUUCAAUUACAAAUGACAUCUAGAAAAGAAGGAAAGAAAGAAUUAAUGUUUUUUACUGCAAAAUGCAGAUGAUAAAGAUAAUAAACCUCAAUAAAAAAAAGGGGGGUUCUGUGGAUUUUUAUAAAAGUGCUAUUGGUAAUGUGUAAUAAUAGACAAUGUGAUAUACCCUGAUUUAGCUCAAUAAAUAUAAUUAUAAGUAAUAAUAA